AUGCUGGGACUCAACAACGCCAGGAACCCGAAAUAUUCGAUUGAUGUAUCCGUCGGUACUAACAAGCGCAUGAGAGCGGCGGUGGACAUCCGCGCAGGAGCUUGCAUUCUGGAAGAGCGGCCUCUGUUCAAGCUAGAUAUCGCACUCUCGAGACUUUAUGAUAUCAAGUCUGUCACGAAUGAGGAGGUGGUACCCAAUGGCGUCAAAAUACUUCAAAUCGAAUUCGCUCGAGCCGAUUAUCCUACCAAGCAGAAGAUCAUUGGCCUGUACCAUGGGCUCGACCUCACGGAAAUCGCCAACCUGCCCCUUGACGAACAAGCCCAUACCUUGUUGACAGCCAUCAUCAAGCUCAAUGCAUGGAGUGUGAUUGAACAAGUCGAUGGCCAGGAGCACACGAUCCUUAUCAUGUACAACGAGUUGAGCCGGAUCAAUAACUCAUGUACACCCAACGCGAUGAUAUCUUGGAAUGCCGUAACAGGGCGCGGCAGCCUGCAUGCAUUGCAAGAUAUCACUACCAAUACAGAGAUCACCAUAGAGUAUCUCGCUGAGCCAAAAGACUGCUUCCAGAAGAAGACCGAUCGCAUCGCCGCUAUCAAAGAAGCCUAUCGCUUCACUGCGAUUGUCCGGUGUGUGCUCCUGCGGGCAAUACCGACAAUAAUCGCAGACGGAUAG